UAGGCGGGCCUUUGCGUGGUUGGCUGAGAAACGAUUUGACGUGAUGACGUUGCAUCUUUGCGCGGCUCCGCCCCAGUCAGUCUGUCGGUGUUCGCUGUGGGGCUCGGUUUGGUCGUUACGUUCCAGUCAACGGUCUGGUUAGCAGUUUUCAUCUCCUCGUGACAGGCUGCUGAGUUUCUCGUUACAUCAUGCCGGACCGGAGGCCUUUCGAGCGGCUGCCUGCUGACGUCAGGCCCGUGAACUACGGGCUGUGCCUUAAGCCCGACCUCAUAGACUUCACCUUCGAGGGCAAACUGGAGGCCACUGUGGAGGUAAAAAAUCCUACCAACCAGAUUGUGAUGAACUGUGCUGAUAUUGACAUCAUUACUGCCUCAUUUGCUCCAGAAGGAGAUGAAGAAGUUCAUGCCACAGGUUUCAAUUACCAGAAUGAAGACGAGAAGGUGACUUUGUCUUUUCCAAGCACCCUACAAAUGGGUACAGGAAUGUUGAAAAUAGAUUUUGUCGGUGAGUUGAAUGAUAAAAUGAAAGGUUUCUAUCGAAGCAAAUAUGCUACAGCUUCUGGAGAGGUGCACUAUGCUGCAGUGACUCAGUUUGAGGCCACAGAUGCACGGAGAGCUUUCCCCUGCUGGGAUGAGCCUGCUAUCAAAGCAACCUUUGAUGUUAUUCUCAUUGUCCCGAAGGACAGGGUAGCUUUGUCAAACAUGAAUUUAAUUGAGCGCAAGCCAUACCCUGAUGACACAAACUUGGUGGAAGUCAAGUUUGCUCGCACACCUAUAAUGUCAACCUACCUUGUGGCCUUCGUGGUGGGAGAGUAUGACUUUGUGGAAACACGAUCUGCAGAUGGGGUGCUAGUCCGUGUUUACACUCCAGUUGGAAAAGCUGAGCAGGGAAAGUUUGCUUUGGAGGUUGCUGCUAAAACGCUGCCUUUCUAUAAGGAUUACUUCAAUGUGCCCUACCCUCUUCCAAAGAUUGACCUCAUCGCCAUUGCAGACUUUGCAGCUGGAGCCAUGGAAAACUGGGGCCUCGUCACAUACAGGGAGACCGCUCUACUUAUUGAUCCCAAGAACUCUUGUUCUUCCUCCCGCCAGUGGGUGGCGCUAGUUGUUGGUCACGAAUUGGCACACCAGUGGUUUGGUAAUCUAGUCACAAUGGAAUGGUGGACCCAUUUAUGGCUGAAUGAAGGUUUUGCUUCCUGGAUUGAAUACCUCUGCGUGGAUCACUGCUUCCCAGAAUAUGACAUAUGGACACAGUUUGUUUCGGCAGAUUACACUCGUGCUCAAGAACUGGAUGCACUGGAUAACAGCCAUCCGAUAGAGGUCAGUGUGGGACACCCCUCUGAAGUAGAUGAAAUAUUUGAUGCCAUAUCAUACAGCAAAGGCGCAUCAGUGAUCCGUAUGCUCCACGAUUACAUUGGAGAUGAGGAUUUUCGAAGGGGCAUGAAUCAAUACCUCACUAAAUUCCAGGAAAAGAAUGCUGCCACAGAGGAUCUAUGGGAAUCUCUAGAACAAGCCAGUGGGAAGCCAAUUGCUGCUGUAAUGAGCACCUGGACCAAACAGAUGGGUUUCCCCUUAAUAUAUGCGGAGUCAGAAAAGAAGGAAGACUCCAGGAUCUUAAAGCUGUCUCAGAAGAAGUUUUGUGCCAGUGGUCCUCACCAUGGUGAGGAGAGUCCUCAGUGGAUGGUACCGAUCAGCAUCUGCACCAGUGAAUCCCCGGCUUCUGCUAAGUUAAGAUUACUUAUGGACAAGCCAGAGAUGACAGUUGUACUAGAAGGAGUGACCUCAGACCAGUGGGUGAAGUUAAAUCCUGGAACUGUUGGCUUCUAUCGCACCCAGUACAGCCCUUCUAUGCUGGAGAGUUUGCUGCCUGGAAUUAGAGACCUCUCCCUGCAACCUGUAGACAGGCUUGGCCUGCAAAAUGACCUAUUUUCUAUGGCUCGAGGUGGCAUCAUCAGCACAGUUGAAGUCCUGAAAGUCAUGGAGGCCUUUGUGAAUGAGCCCAAUUACACUGUGUGGAGCGACUUAAGCUGUAAUUUAGGGAUUCUGUCCACGCUGUUAUCUCACACAGAGUUUCAUGAGGAAAUUCAAGACUUUAUCAAAGAUGUUUUCUCUCCUAUUGGACAGCGUUUGGGUUGGGACCCCAAACCAGGGGAGGGACAUCUGGAUGCUUUGCUGAGAGGCCUAGUACUGGGGAAGUUAGGAAAGGCUGGUCAUAAACCUACCCUGGAAGAAGCUCGCCGCAGGUUUAAGGACCACGUUGAAGGAAAGAACACAUUAAGUGCCGAUCUCCGAAGCCCGGUUUAUGUGACUGUUCUGAAGCACGGAGAUGCCACAACGCUGGAUACAAUGCUGAAGCUCCACAAGCAAGCUGACAUGCAAGAAGAAAAGAAUAGGAUUGAGCGGGUUCUAGGAGCCAUUUCUUCUCCAGAGUUAAUCCAGAAAGUGCUAAACUUUUCCCUUUCGGAAGAGGUACGUCCACAAGAUACAGUAUCUGUAAUCGGAGGGGUUGCUGGGGCUAGUAAACCAGGCAGAAAGGCAGCAUGGACUUUUGUAAAGGAAAAUUGGGAAGAACUCCAUAAUCGGUACCAAGGUGGCUUCCUCAUUUCUCGACUGAUAAAACUUUCCGUAGAUGGUUUUGCAAGUGAAAAAAUGGCUGCAGAGAUUAAGGCAUUUUUUGAAGCUCAUCCAGUGCCCUCUGCAGAGCGUACAGUGCAACAGUGCUGUGAAAAUAUAGUCUUGAAUGCUGCCUGGCUGAAGAGAGAUGGUGAUGCCAUGCACCAGUAUCUACUGCUGCGCAAGUCACCUUCCUCUGCUGUGUGAAUGUACACAGUCAUUCCCCUCCGCCUGCUGUCUCACCGCCCCAACAGGCUAGACCCUAGGCCCCCUCCAUGGGAGGCUCUGUACUUGUCCUCCCUCAUCCCUCAAAACCCCUUCCCAACUACUGGGGAGCUGGUCCAAGAAAACCCAUGUCAGCUCCUGCUUAGUCCCCAAUCAACUCCUUAGGGAUUUUAUUAAAUUGCUCAGUCAGUCUGUACAUAUGGA